GUGAUGGCGCUGCGACCGCGAGAGCGGCGAGAGCAUCCGUGCAGUCGAUGUUGUGAACCCCUAUUACGAUCCCGUGGCGCGCCGGCGCAUUACAACCUUCUGGUUAGAGUAUCCAUUUUGAUCACAUAUAUCCAUCAAACAACAAUGGCAGAUAUCGAGGAUACUCAUUUUGAGACUGGGGAUUCAGGCGCCUCUGUGACAUACCCUAUGCAGUGCUCAGCACUGCGCAAAAAUGGCUUCGUCAUGUUAAAAUCGCGCCCAUGCAAGAUUGUAGAAAUGUCAACUUCUAAGACUGGUAAACAUGGUCAUGCCAAGGUUCACUUAGUAGGUAUUGACAUAUUUACUUCCAAGAAAUACGAGGAUAUCUGCCCCUCCACACACAAUAUGGAUGUGCCGUUUGUUAAGCGGGAAGAUUAUCAGCUUACAGAUAUAUCUGACGACGGCUAUCUCUGUCUGAUGGCUGAUAAUGGAGAGCUGCGCGAAGAUCUCAAGAUACCUGAUGGUGAUUUGGGAACACAAUUGCGUGCUGACUUUGAAUCUGGAAAAGAGUUACUUUGCACUGUACUGAAGGCAUGCGGUGAAGAGGUAGUAAUCGCCGUCAAAAAUAACACCUCCCUUGACAAAUAAUUGUGUUCAGCCCGACGAUUACGAUGACAGAAGCCCAACAUACAUUCGAGCAGAAACCACCCGCUUAGCCAAUCAAUCAACACCUUUACUAUUGGUCAAACAGGAUAAACAACAAUAAUAUAACCAAAAAAUCUAGAGGAAGAUGAUGAAGAGAGUGAAAGAGCGAAAGAGAGGAAGUGAGAGAGAGAGAGAGAGAGAGAGAGAGAGAGAGAGAGAGAGAGAGAGAGAAAGAGAAAAAGUGUGUCUGAGAGAGAGAGAAAGGGAAUAGAAAACAUGAGAGGGAGAAGGGGAAGAAAGUAAAACGGGCUAGCAGUUCCACGUAACAACAGCAACGCGCCAAUGCGAAAAACGACUUUUAUCGAAAUAAUAUCCGCUUUACUUAAUUAUUUUAUUCAACAAUAUUUAAAAGAAACAAUUCUGGAAAAGCGAAAACUGGGUAUGCGUAAUAUUAUAUACACUUCUACAUAUACACCUAUGGUUAACAGACACGUGCGCACACAUACACACAUACAGAUACACUUGCGCGUAUACCUAAGCAAUUACACACGCGUUGUUUGUUAUAUAAGAAAGUGGCGGCAACUUUUUAGCAGAAAGUUGAUUGGGAAAUAAAAACUGAGAAAGCCUUGAGACACAUCCUGGACCUUUUUUUUUUAAGAAUAGAGAGAAAGAAAUUAUUUACAACAGCUUUGUAACUUAUUACAUUUAUGUGUGUGAGUGCGAGAGAGAGAGUGUGAGAGAGAAAAAGAAAAAGAGAGUACAUGAGAGAAUGCGAGAGAUAAAAAAAGAAAAUUGUUGGAGACCAAUAUGAAGAGGUCGUGGGAAAAGGACCUUAGAGUCCUUAAGCGCGCGCGCGCGGAACAAUUUUUCAUGGGAUGCUAGCGAUGCCCGACACGAAGCAGCUCACUUCAAGCAUCUUUCCUGUAAUGAUCGAUAAGACUGGAGUUUCGCUAUAUGGAAUUUCUAUAGUAUGCUAAAAGUUUCCUUUUUAUAAAAAGAACUCGAGUUCUCGAGAUUUUUAGGUCUAAUCUAGCUUAAACUUUAAAAUUGAAAUUUAUGUAGUUUGAAUAUCUAAAAAGAGAAAGAGUCAAGAACUUAAAAACUGUAACUUUAGAAGUUUGCUGAUUCGGAAGUAGAACAUCUAGUAUAUUUGAAGUCUUAAAUAUCCUAGGAUUCAUAAUUUCAAAAUUAAAACUCUAAUAUUAUAAUUUUGGGAAAUCUAAAUGAGAAAUCUGCAACAUUUAUAAAAUUAAAGCUUGAUUUUUAUAUUGAUAUUUGAGAAAACUUAUAGAUUUCGACAAUGAAAUUCUAAAUUCGGAAUCUAUAAAUUUGUUUUUGAAUCUUUAGGCAUGUAAGCAUGUUGUCAUUUGUUAAGGAUGGCAAAGUGCAGAAGCUUUGAGGAGAACAGUUAUAAAAGGCAAAGUAUACAAAGAUUUGAAAAACGCUCAAAAUUAUGAUAUAAAUGAGUCGGUGUACGAUUUAGACCUUUAAAUCCAGGAACUUCAAGUUCUUGAGGAUCACACAAAAUAACAUUUCGCGCGCUUUAAGAUGGCUGGUGCGGCGCGAUGCAAUAUCGCGUCACGUUCAGAGACUGUAAUUGGCUUACGAAUGCUCAGACUUUAUUACAUUUUGUUGUAAUAUCUCGUUUUAAUAAACAUUUUUCAGAACAGGUUACACAAACCGCCUUCAAUCAAUAAGAUAACUUUUAAUUAGACUAUGUAACGUUAGAACAGAGAUUAUAAUUAGAUAAAGUGAGAAGGGAGAGCCGCGAGUGGAAGAUCCUUGUGUGAACUUGCAAAGUGUGCGUGAAGAAAAUUUUUUUCCUUACAUCCUUUCCAUCUCGUGACAUCGUUUGUAUAAAAAAAAAAAAAUUGUUCCGAAAGUGCAGUCUGAAUGAUUAGGAAUAAUUAUAAGCAGAUAAUUAACUACAAGAGUGUAAUCACAGUUAUCAUUGGAAGGUAUACGUUUUUUCUCCCUCAUGGAACUCUGUGACUUUGAAUUUGCUCGAUUUGGUGUCCUCGCGAUAAAAUUCGCAUCUUGUUUUUCUGUAAAAGAAUUAUCUUCAAUACGACACAGUGUUCUAGAGAUCUCAAGUUUUUAUUUUUUAUGUACAUUAAAACAUUCAGAUUGCUUAUAUAACUUGCUGCGAGAACUUGGCAUCACCGAACCUCAUUAGGAUCGUCGUUUCAAAAUAUGCUCCUAGCGAUUAAAUGUCCUUUAACACUCAAAAGUUCCUUUACGUAACAAAUAAAUACGAAGACCCCAAAUCGCCAAAUAUAUGUAUAUGUAAAUUCC